CGCUCCCUCCUGCACGAUAUAAGGCUCAGCGCGAGCCUCGGGGUCCAGCUUGACUCUGUAUCGCCUCUGAACCAUGUCCUGCUUCUCCUCCCGCCUCGGUGCCUCCUGUGGGGUCCGCGCCUUCAGCUGCGCCUCAGCCUGUGGGCCCCGGCCCGGCCGCUGCUGCAUCUCUGCAGCUCCCUACAGGGGCAUCUCCUGCUACCGCGGACUCUCAGGGGGCUUUGGCAGCCGCAGCGUCUGCGGGCCCUUCCGCUCUGGCUCCUGUGGACGCAGCUUCGGGUACCGAUCUGGAGGCGUCUGCGGGCCCAGCCCCCCCUGCAUCACCACAGUCUCUGUCAAUGAGAGCCUGCUCACGCCCCUCAACCUGGAGAUCGACCCCAAUGCUCAGUGUGUGAAGCAUGAGGAAAAGGAGCAGAUCAAGUGCCUCAACAGCAGGUUCGCGGCCUUCAUCGACAAGGUGCGCUUCCUGGAGCAGCAGAACAAGCUGCUGGAGACCAAGUGGCAGUUCUACCAGAACCGCAAGUGCUGUGAGAGCAACCUGGAGCCUCUGUUCGAGGGCUACAUCGAGGCUCUGAGGCGGGAGGCUGAGUGUGUGGAGGCUGACAGCGGGAGGCUGGCUGCCGAGCUCAACCAUGCACAGGAGGCCAUGGAGGGCUACAAGAAGAGGUAUGAAGAAGAAGUAGCACUGCGAGCCACUGCUGAGAAUGAAUUUGUGGCCCUGAAGAAGGAUGUGGACUGUGCCUACCUCCGUAAGUCAGACCUGGAGGCCAACGCAGAAGCGCUGACCCAGGAGACCGACUUCCUGAGGCGACUGUAUGAUGAGGAGACGCGGCUACUCCACGCCCACAUCUCAGACACCUCCGUCGUCGUCAAGAUGGACAACAGCCGGGACCUGAACAUGGACUGCGUUGUGGCUGAGAUCAAGGCUCAGUAUGAUGACAUUGCCAGCCGCAGCCGCGCUGAGGCCGAGUCCUGGUACCGCACCAAGGCUGCUUCUAGAAUGUUCCCGACUGUUGGGAAAGACUGGAUAGCAUGCUGGUGAAGGACAGUCAGACCCAGGGACCCUUGGCUAUCUCCAUUUCUUCUGUGUCCCCAGAACACCAAGCUGGAGGCUGCUGUGACUCAGUCUGAGCAGCAGGGAGAGGCUGCCCUCGCUGAUGCCCGCUGCAAGCUGGCUGAGCUGGAGGGUGCCCUGCAGAAGGCCAAGCAGGACAUGGCCUGCCUGCUCAAGGAGUACCAGGAGGUGAUGAACUCCAAGCUGGGGCUGGACGUCGAGAUCAUCACCUACAGGCGCCUGCUGGAGGGCGAGGAGCAGAGGCUGUGCGAGGGUGUGGGCUCUGUGAAUGUCUGUGUCAGCAGCUCCCGUGGAGGAGUCACAUGUGGGGGCCUCACUUAUGGCACAACCCCAGGGCGCCAGAUUGCCUCUGGACCCUCUGUCACUGGGGGCAGCAUCUCAGUGAUGGCCCCUGACUCCUGCUCUCCUUGCCAGCCCCGCGCCUCCAGCUUCACCUGUGGGAGCAGCCGCUCAGUGCGCUUUGCUUAGUGUCAGUACCUCCAAAUGAGCCACCUGUCUGCCCCAGAGUGGAGUGGUGUGUGAAUGGAAAAUGUGUGCUUGCUUCCAGAAUCUUCCAGAUGUUCCUGUUUAGGGUCACGCUCCUCUGCCUUCUCCUUUUAGGGAGUUGUCUCCCAGUUCUCCUCUGGCUUCACUUUAGGUCAUUCCCAACCCUUCCCUUAACCCCAACCUGUCUUCAGAUACUUGUAAAUGAUUUGUAUUAUUCACCAAGCUCUCCGGGACACUACCGGUCACCCAGGCUGACUGAACAAUAAAGUGUGGCCUUCUUGGGUCAAGGCAUGAUCCUAACCACCCAGCCAUACCCCCCCAAAACAAGAACCAGAGGGAACCCUUCCCAAGCAGCUCCCACUUCUGGCCCCAGGUACAAGAACUGCAAGCACCUGCCUAUCAUUGGUUGGGUUACUAACCUCCUUAGCUGACUGCCUUCCUUUGGGGCAAACUGCUCUAACCACACUUCUUGGGUUACCUCCCAGAAAAUAGUCUGUUCUCUGGGGAGGCCUACUACCUACAGCCCCUGGCUAGGGGGCUUUGAACAGAUCUCGCUGUUCAAGAAGCCUUUGCACAUUUCAAAGACCCCCAUACUUGCUCCAGGCCUCCCCUGCCUGUGCACAGGGAACUGUCCAAGGGAGAGGUGGUGGGAUGGGGACUAUGGCCACUUUCUGUCUGUGGGUGCCUCGCC